CUCUCCCGAGGCCGCGAUCGGAAGGUUCCGCGGAAGAAAGAGCUGUGGCACCGUCCCUUUCUCGAACAGCCGGUCUCGUUUCGAUGGCGAAGGCGCGGAGGCACGCCCCGGACCGCCUCCUCGGCUGCACGCACGAAGGUCACGUGGCGGGGGCGGACUUCCCCGACCUCGCCGAGGACGAGGUGUUCUGGUCCUCGGACUACGGCUCAGCUGCCGGCGAGUCGAGCUGGCGCCGGUCCGAUUUCAACAGGGCUCGCCCAUGGGCCGCCCGUCGAGAGGGCGGACUCUCUCUCGCCUUCGAGGACGGAUGCAUGCCACGACGGAGCGCCGCGUCGGCUGCCUCGGCGCCGGUGGAGGUCCCCGUCUGGCCCAAGUUCCUCCAGGCCGAGCCUGACGCGCCGGUCGGGCUGUUCGACCGGGAGGUGGAGGAGGAGACAAGAGACGGAGGGUGGGUGCCGCCGCACGAGUACUUGGCGAGGGAGAAGGGGAGGAGCGUGGCGACGUCGGUGCUCGAAGGGGCCGGCCGCACGCUCAAGGGCCGGGACAUGAGCCGCGUUCGGGACGCCGUUUGGAGUCGGACCGGAUUCUUUGGUUGAAAUCCAAACCCGAAACGUUUUGUGUCUGUAUUGGGCCCUUUGAUGACUUGUUAAUAGUUCCUGUUAUAUUAUUCGUGCAAUAAUUAGAAAGCCUACAGUGAUUGUUACAGCCAA